CAGGGCAAUCCCUUUUAUCUGAUUCUUACUAUAAUAACACUGAGACCAUUAUGAUAUAACUCAAUGAAAGAAGGCAGUGGGAGUUAAUCAGCACCAAUACAUUAAUUACUGGACUUGUAGCAAGGUGUAACUCAGACAGACAUUAGCUGGAUAUAUAGCAAUCCAGACUUGAAGAACAUUAUAGAUAAACUUGCCAAUUUUGUGGCCAGAAAUGGACCGGAAUUUGAGCAAAUGACAAAACAGAAACAAAAGAACAACCCACGGUUUUCUUUCUUAUUUGGAGGGGAACAUUUCCAUUACUACCAAUAUAAAGUAAACUCUGAGUCAGUCAAGUCCUUGGCAGAAUCUGGAGGAUUCAGUGGUCCACCAGUGAGUGAUGGUCCACCUCAAACACAGCCAUUUCCUGUAGCACUUCCCGGUGUCCCUCCAGAAGUGCCGCCUCCAUUCCUCGGAAACCCUGAUAUUCUCAAUCAGCAAAAACCGAAAGUAGUUCCACAGCAGGUUAUUCUUCAACAGGUAGUUACACAGCAGGCCAUUCAGACAGCGCCAUGGCAACCCUCACAACAGCUUGGCCAGCAAAUCACAGCCUUGCAGCAGCAAGUUGCCCAACAUCAACAGAUGAUGGAGCAGCAAAUCAAACAGAGUGAACAAAAUCUGAAUGCCCAGUUCCAGAGUCUAACACAACAGCAACAGAGUCAGAUAGAGGAUGCCAUUCUAAAGGCAAGAGAGGAACAUGUACAGAAAAUGUGUGAAGAAUGUGAAUUAAAGAUUGAAGAGUUUGACUCCAUGGUACAACCAAUCAUAGAAUCGUGCACGAAGGAUGCCAUCAUGAAUGGCAAAAGUUGGAUUUUCCAAAAAUGUACAUCAGAUAAGCAUUGUAAGCUUUUGGCUCUGUAUUUGUUACAAAGAAUAUGUGCCAAGGAUGCAAGAUUUGAGACCAAACUUCACCUCAUUUACCUAAUAAACGACCUUCUUCACCAUUGUCAGAGGAAGAAUGCUGAUGAUCUGAAGGAACACCUGUCUGAUAUAGUGGUUCCAGUGUUUUGUACAGUCAGCUUGGGACUUGCAGAGGACAAGAAAAAUAAACUUACAAAGUUACUAAACUUAUGGCAACAAAACAAGUACUUUGAUACAGAAACCCUGGAGAAACUGAAGGAGCCCUCUGCCUCAUUGUCUGCAUACCAGGCCUCCCUAAUAACUGAACAUGGAGAAAUUGUACGUAUGGUUAGUAACAAUGUUCAGCAGCAGUAUAGUUCCCUUCAGAAACAACAUCUCGACUUCACCUCUCAUCUCAAUAGCCAGGCACAACAGAUGCAACAACAGUUACAACAGCUGUUACAGCAACAGGCUCAACAACAGCAGCAGCAGCAACAACAACAACAGGCACAGCAACAAGCACAGCAACAGGCACAGCAACAGGCUGUUGCUGUGGUUGUCGCAGCUGGGACACAACCACAGCCCCUCACCUCACUUUCUGGGGUGGCAAUGCCAGGUGUUCCCCAGACUGUCAGUGUAGCUCCAGUUAUAUCUGCGGUUCAGGUGUCAUCCCAGCCCACUGUCUUAUCUACAUCAAUUCCCUCGGGUCUCACCCCAGCCAGUGUGGUCACCUCAACACUUCCCCCUACGUCGUCUGGUCUGAUGACCACCCCGCCCCCACAGAUCACCACAGUACAGUCAAUCCAGACUGGCCAGCCUCAGCAACAGACCUCUAGAUUUAACCAGCCACCUCCAGGAUUUGGAGCCCCACCCCCUGGAUUUGUGGGCACACCUCCUCAACAGUUUGACUUUGCUGGUGCACCCCAAGGAAUAGCAGGAGUUCCUCAGGGGUUGCCUGGAGCUCCUCCAGGGCUACCUAGUGCACCCCCAGGUCUACCUAGUGCACCCCCAGGGAUUCCUCAGGGUACAGCAUCCAGUGCUCCUCCUGGAGCUCCUGCUGCCAUUGGAACACCUGGGUUCCCAGCAAACUUUCAAGGACCACCACCCCCAGGCCCAGCCCCAGGACAGUUUGCUCUCCCUGACCUUAGCAAACCUCCUCCGGGAUUUGCCAUGACUGGUCCACCCCCUCUGCUGGGGCCACCUCCAGAAAUUGACCUCACACCAUCAGUACCAUAUUACGAGCUGCCAGCAGGUCUAAUGGCUCCACUUAUAAAGUUGGAGGACCAUGAGUAUAAAUCUUUGGACCCUAAAGAUAUCCGGCUGCCUCCUCCCAUGCCUCCAAGUGAGAGAUUGUUGGCUGCAGUGGAAGCUUUUUAUAGUCCUCCCAAUCAUGACCGUCCUAGAGACAGUGAGGGCUGGGAGAAGCUUGGAUUGUAUGAGUUUUUCAAAGCCAAACAACGAGCACGUCGACUCAAGGAGCAAGACAGAGAGAGGAGGGGGAUUUCUCCAGAAGGAAGUUCCAGCUCUAGCUCGAGAUCUCUGUCACCUCAACCAUCACCACAACGACAACAGAACCUGUCAGAUUGGUCAAAACGGAGAUCAAGGUCACCGUCUCCUGUCAAGUCCAGAUGGAGGUCCAGAUCACCUUCCCCUAUACAACAACAGAGAGGAUCAUCGAAGCGGUCGGAGUCCCCUCUACCCUACCUUCCCACGAGUCGCUCCCCUUCCCCAGUCAAGGUCACACAGAGGCUUUCUCGCAGUCCCACACCACCCCUCGGCACAUUCACUGACAACAAUGCAGCAGAUAGCUUUAUGAGAGUUGGUGGUCCGGCUCCUCAACCCACAGACACCAAGCUUGGCACAGACAAUAAAGGACAUCAGAUGCUCAUGAAAAUGGGUUGGGGAGGUCGAGGACUUGGUGCAUCAGAACAGGGAAUUGUGAACCCCAUAGAGAGUGGUGAUGUACGGGACCGCCAGGAUAUGUACAAAGGAAUUGGUAUAGAUCUCAAAGAUCCUUUUGAACAGUUCCGCAAAAGCAAGAGCCAUGGAUUUAUACAGAGAAUGAAAGCUAGAGAUGAAUCUAGAGAUACCUCAUCGUCUAAAUCCUCUAAAGAUGACUGAUGUUUUACACUUUAAUGAUGGAAGGCAGCUUAGGAAACUGUGAACCGUUGUGGACAGUAAUUCCUAAUUGGACAUCAUUUCUCAAAUUCAUUGUACACAUGAACAUUCAUUAAACUUAUUGUCUUA